CAAGGGGCAAAGUUCCUGAGGCAAAAGUCGGCUUCGCCUUGCGCGCGCGAAAGAGGCGCUUCCUUAGGAGUAAGCCCGCCCAAGUUCCUCCCUCGACGCCAGUGCAGAGCAGCCACACCAGGGCUGUGGGCGAGGAAGCCAGCGAGAGGGACCCGAGAGGGACAGGAAGAAGUUGCCGAGGCCCGAGGGCUCCUGACUCGCGUCAUAUGACCCAGCAAAGAUGGCUGAAGGAGGGCAGAGUUGCGAAGUAGUACCUGCUGCUCCCGCCGCGGGAGAGAGCGAGGGCUGCGAAGCCGCCGCCGCCCGGACCCCCGGCAGCGCGCCUGAGCUGAGGGGCGGCGGCGGCGGCGGCAAAGAGAGGCCGGCCGAGGACUCGCGGUGGCCGGCUCCCAUCCUCUCGCUGGCCAAGAAAGCCUCGGAAAACUUAGCAGCCGGCUAUGGGAGCGCCCUGAAGUCCGCAGCCUUGGUAGGACUCGUGCCCAAACCGCUCAGCAAUGACAGCCCAGCCAACCCAACAGCCAAAUUCCACAUGAUGGAAGAACGUUCAAAUCUCAUGAACAUGAUGAAACUGAGUGUUAAAGUCUUAAUCCAGUCAGCUCUGAGUUUGGGCCGGACCCUUGAUUCAGACUUCCCUCCCCUGCAACAGUUCUUUGUUGUGAUGGAACACUGUCUCAAGCAUGGACUUAAAGCUAAGAAGAGUUUCAUUGGGCAGAACAAAUCGUUUUUUGGACCUCUAGAGAUGGUGGAGAAACUUUGUCCAGAAGCAUCAGAUUUAGCAACAAGUGUCAGAAAUCUGCCAGAGUUAAAGACCCCAAUUGGAAGAGGCAGAGCUUGGCUUUAUCUUGCUGUGAUGCAAAAGAAACUGGCAGACUACCUGAAAGUACUCCUGGACCACAAGAAUCUAUUGAGUGAAUUUUAUGAGCCUGAUGCCUUGAUGAUGGAAGAGGAAGGAGCUGUGAUCAUAGGUCUGCUUGUGGGACUGAAUGUCAUUGAUGCAAAUCUCUGCUUAAAAGGAGAAGAUUUGGACACCCAGGUUGCAGUGAUUGAUUUUUCCCUGUACCUUAAAGAUACACAAAACAGUGACAAUAGCAAAGAAGAUGGAGGCAUUACUGCGGUGCUUGAUCAGAAACAUUAUGUAGAAGAACUUAACCGCCAUCUAAGUUGCACUGUUGGAGAUCUGCAGACCAAGAUAGAGUGCCUAGAGAAGACCAAUUCAAAGCUCCAAGAAGAGCUGGCAGCAGCAACUGAUCGGAUCAGGGCACUUCAGGAAGAGCAGCAGGAGCUGAAGCAAGAAAAUGAACUAAUCCGUGAACGAAGCGAAAAGCAUGUCGAGGUAACAAAACAGGACACCAAAGUUGAACUGGAAACAUACAAGCAGUCACGGCAAGGCCUGGAUGAAAUGUACAGUGAUGUCUGGAAGCAACUGAAAGAGGAGAAAAGAAUCCGAACGGAGCUGGAAAAAGAGCUGGAGCUGCAGAUUGGAAUGAAAACAGAAAUGGAAAUUGCUAUGAAGCUCCUGGAGAAAGAUACUCAUGAAAAACAGGACACUUUGGUGGCCCUUCGCCAGCAGCUGGAGGAAGUUAAAGCUAUCAAUUUGCAGAUGUUUAAUAAAUCUCAGAAUGCAGAAGGUUCGUUGCAGCAGAAAAGUGAAGCAAUAUCAUCCUUUGAAGGCAAAACGGAUCAAAUGAUGUCUUCUGUCAAGCAGAUGGAGGGCAGAUUGCAGCAUGCAGAAAAGGCCAGGCAGGUUGCAGAAGAAAAAAAUGUCAAACUGAAACAAGAACUGGGUGGCAAAAUUGUGACCUUGAAACAGCAGCUAAUCCAGCUGGAUAACAAGUGUUUAACUCUUGAGAGAGAAUUAAAAUCCGAGAAAGAGCAGCGGCAGACUCUGCAACAUCAGCUGCAUCAAGAGAAGGACACUACAGCUUUGCUAAAAACAGAACUGCAGCAAGUGGAAGGGUUAAAAAAAGAGUUGCGAAAACUGCAGGAAGAGAAGCAGCAAUUGGAAAAGGUCUGCGAAGAACAGGAGCAAGCCCUUCAAGAAAUGGGGCUUCACCUUAGCCAAUCCAAGCUUAAGAUGGAAGAUAUUAAAGAAGUGAAUAAAGCAUUAAAGGGUCAUACGUGGCUAAAAGAUGACGAAGCAACCCACUGUAAACAAUGUGAGAAGGAAUUUUCUAUUUCAAGAAGAAAGCACCACUGUCGAAACUGCGGUGACAUCUUUUGCAACACUUGUUCCAGCAAUGAACUUGCACUUCCAUCCUAUCCAAAGCCUGUACGAGUUUGUGAUACUUGCCACACUUUACUGCUUCAGAGAUGUUCAUCUUCUUCCUAAGACAUUGGCUUGUCCACAGGAAAAUCAUUUAAAACUGAGAAUGAACCAAAUGUUUAAUAGGCUUUAUUGGGAAUCUAAAUGCCAGCAGUAUGUAUCACUUUCUUAUGGUACUAGUUUCCCAUGAUAGAAUGGGACAUGAGGUUUCAUUUAUACAAAUUGGGCUUACCAAAAUAAUAAAAACUGAUAAUGCAUAGAAUGAAGUGCCAGAGAUAACCCUAAAUGUGCUCAAUGUGCUGCAAUCAUACUUCUGGUUUUGUUUUUAAGAUGUAAAAAGCUAUUGUUUGUAUUUAACUUUGUACUUCGACAUUUGUACAUUUGACCUCUAAAAUACAUUACUUUUCUCAAUACUUUAAUCCCCUCCACCUAUUCUAACAGUUCCACUUAAAAAUUCCUCUAGAUUUAUAUGUUACAAGAAAAAAUGCGAAUCUUAGUCCCUAUGGAAUAAUUUUUUACGUAAUGUAUAAAGAAUGUGCCUUUACUUCAAAAGUAAAUAGAGUAUAUAGUGUUUCUAAAGCACCUACAAAAUAGUGAUUACGCAAUAAAGACUUAAAUGCAAUUAAACAAGUUCAUCAA